UCUAGAGUAAGUAACUGUAAAUCGAAAGUUUAAGAAUAUUAUCGCUGUCCUGUAGAACCCGGAAGUAUCGGUGGAAAAAUGUCUCUACAUGUCAUGUGCCUCUCUCUACUAUACGUUUACCCCUUCAUACAUUUCUUAACUGCUGAGCGGGAUGUUGACUGCAGACUUUUACCCACUGAUAAGGAUAUUUCCACGGAAUUUCGCCUCCAAGCAUCCGGAAAACGUGUGAAAAUGGUUUAUUUGAAUUUGAAGAUUGGAAACGGAAGCUACCAUCCAUUGGAGUUAGCGGACGAAUUUCUUCCAGAAAGAUGGGUUUGGGCAAAGUCAAUCAAGGCACAUAUGCUUUCUCUGCCCGAAAAUUAUGAUGUUUUAUCACUGGGAUUGUUAAAGUAUCAGGUGACAAGUCUAGACGUGCAUUUGGAGGAUAAACCAACAGGAUGUGUGGCGAGUUUGAACUCAUCCAGACAAAACAUGGCUAUUGGAAAAAUGCUGUUAGAAUAUGUAACCGUUGAGAAAAAAAACUCUAGUGAUUUACAGUCACAAGUAGUCUGUGUGGAAAUGAUAAAGGUCAUAAAGGGUGAAGAUAGUAAAUAUCUUGAGUAUCAGUGCUGUAGAAUAUCGCCUAACAAUCUUGAAUCUCAUCAGGUCCUGUGUGAUCAAACUGUUAGCAAAAGCCACUGGACAGAGCUGCUCGAUACCAUUCUUAUUCUCAUUGCUAUUUUCAUGGUUCUUUUUUUUCCGGCGUUUCCAUUGGCACUGCCAGAUUAUUUAUUUAGUCUUCAGCGAGAGUGUGACAAGGCCGAAGAUCGCCCUACGGAAGACACAGGUCGACACGCUGAUCGUUUGCAUCACACAAGAAAUGGAUACGUUGAAAUCAAUCAGGAUGAUGAGGAGGACGAUGGAAUUGCCGUGGAUGAUGCCACUCCGUUGACUAUUUCAACUCUUUUAUCUCAAGUUGUUCAACGACUGCCCGACUCGAGGUUCUCGUUCAACCUUAAGUUAGCUUUUAUGCUCGUCUUUCUUUGUCCACUUACUAUCUACGUUCAGUUGGGGCUCACUUUAGCGUUAAACGAAAGACACGUGGAUGAAACCUUAAGGAAAAAAGUAGACUGUGGUUUAUUUAAUUCCGUCCCAUUCAUUGCCGGUUCAAUAUGUGUGUAUCUUUUGCUUGUUUUGUUUUUAAGACCGAAAGAUUUAUUACUAUCAAAUCAGAUUACAAGGCUUUGUUUCUGCGGUAGAGCAUCUAAGGUGCUUCGCGUUUCUUUACUAGAUAUCGAACGAAGCUCAGUGGGAGAUGAAAUACGUGUUCAUUUGAACUUACUGAAAUAUGGAGUCUACAAUUUGGUGUCGAUUUUUAGAAAUUGGUUUCUACGUAAGUUAAAAACGCUGUUUAGUACCUUCACGUGUUCGAUAACAAUGAUGGUAUAUUCAAUUGCUUUUUACGGAAGUGAAAAUAACGUUUCCGCUACUUUCUCCGUCAUCGCCGUAGUUCUCACUGGGGUUCUUCCAGCAUUGCUAUUAAAACUUUUAACUGAGGGAAAAUCAUUCAAAGGCUUGGAAAGAGUAAGCUUGGAAAGAAAAAUUCACUCUGCAGUGGAACAGUUCUACCCAGAGUCAAGAAAUGAAAAUACAAUUAUUAGUGACAGAGUGAAUAAACAAAGUACAGAUGUUGAACAAGUGUAA